GAAGUUUUGAUUGUCGGUGGUGUUGCCUGCAAUCUCCGACUACAAGAGAUGAUGGGAAUCAUGGCUGCUGAGCGUGGCGCCAGACUAUAUGCGACUGAUGAGCGCUUCUGCAUUGAUAACGGCGCAAUGAUUGCUCACACUGGAUACAAAAUGUUUUGCAGUAACCUUAUAACUUCUUUCGACGAUGCAAUCGUGAUGCAGCGAUUCAGAACAGAUGAUGUUGAGGUUACCUGGCGAGAUGACUAG